AUGGAGAAAGCCGACUUAAAUCUAUCCCCUGCGUCGGAGUCGCUACGGUCGCCCCUGUCAUGGAGCGACAGCAUCGCGCCGCAAGCGACAAGCCGCUCAUCAUUAUUGCGAACGAAGCGGUUACGUGAACCAUGGCGGCAUUCGGUAUCUCGACAGGAGACCGAGACACAGACCCUGUCAAACACAGUCCGUGAAUUCAAACCAGAUCGCCAACAACGACGAUUGUUCUUCCAAGGCGUCCUGCAGUGGUUGAUCACACUGGUGCUUUGCGGACUGCUGGCGGCAUGUUUGGGCACCUUUGGGCGACUGUCAUGGAUGACCGUGGGCCAAGUCAAAGCCUUUAAUGCCCUUAUCGUGUUGCUGUCGGUCUUCCUCGGGAACAAUCUGUCGAGCUCGCUGCGCGAAUAUGCACUGAUGUUAAGAUGGAGGAUUUUGGCGGCCAAGUAUCGACCGCUAGAAGAAUUCGAUCUAGUCAUGCACUGCGACAGUUUGCGCAAGGUCAUGAAACUGUUUUGGGUGGCUAGGACGAGAAGAACCCCCCUCACCACCUCCUCCUCACAGGAUCGAGGACGCCCUGUGCCCUUGUUCGGGCCCAGUGUCUUCCGUCUCAACAAGACUCAAUGGCUAUGUGUGCUAUGGCUCGGAGUAAACAUAUUGCUUCAGGUCCUCGUGGCGCUACUCGGGUUAACAUAUAACCUCAACACGGCCGAUGUGCCCAUCCAAAAGUUCGGGACGAUCAGCGUGGCGAAUCUGACACUGAUCCGCGACAUCUGGGGCUCCGACAAUCCAACGUUCGAUGCACAGUUGGGAUCAGCCAAUUCAUACGGGAUCCAGGGUCAGGACUACUUGUUCGUCACGGGCAGUCCUCCAGGUCAAGGCAAGACGCCACGGUACGGGACACCGGGCACACCGACGAUCUACACCAACGGCGACUGGAGCGUCAUGACCUAUGUUUUUCAAGACCUCAACAUCCGCAAUUCGGACCUCAGUCUCAUUUCGCACCGCAACAUCACGGCCCAAGCGACCUGUGAGAGUCUACCGGUUCUGCAAGGCGGAGCCGGAACCGGAGCAAACAGCACCAUCAUCACAUAUCUCAACACCACCACUGGCCACACCGAAACUUUGGACGUGGUACGCAUUGGACCAGGCGCCAUGACCUUCGUCGGAGUGUUAGAUUCAACAUGCGGACCACGAUGCACACAAGUGUUGGCCUUGCAGAGCGCCAACGGCGGCACGAUCCCCAGGCCAUCAUUAUAUUCGUGCCGCAACACGAUUUCACCCGUCCAAGGAAUUGAGCGAUAUAUCUUCAACAACAAAAGCAACCAAACAGUAUCGGCAGCAACAUUUCAAAUGCCCGAUGAACAAGCACGCAUCAUCGCCGGCGCCAUCGGCUGGACCGGGUUCAAUUAUACGCCAGGGGACUCAUACCAAUACGCACGCUACGCGCCCGAAUCAUGGUGGAGCCCGGACUCGCCGGCGGACACGGGCACAAUCGCCCGCCGCAUUAUGGAAUUCAGCAUCGAGGCCGUCGCCGCCAUGGACUACAAUGGACCCAGAACAAAUGUGAGCGGCUGGUCGCCCGUGCCGGCCCAGGAGGUUGAUGUCCAAUGGCGCUGGUCCGCUACUAUUCUCGCCAUCAUCCCUGCUGUCCAGUUGGUUGCGCUGGUCUGUGUUAUUGCUUGGGGUAAUGCUGCCAUUAUCCGAGAUGACUCUUGUCUCAGUACCGCCAGGCUGCUGAGGCCUGUGGUUGAUAACCUCGCCAAUCGCGGCUGUUUGCUUACAGGUCAUGAAAUCGCCAAACAGCUUGCCAGUCUUAAUGUCAGAUAUGGUUGGCGGGAUCCAAGAGAGCUGCAGGCUAAUGGCACAGCGUCCGGAUUCACUUUUCGAAAUGAGAUUGAUAGCUCAAAGCCUGUUCGUCAUGUCGAUAUCAUUGAUGAGACGGAGGGCUGGGGCAGUCAGGGCCCUUUUCCUCCGGGUCUUUAUGAUGGCUUACCGCUAUUAGAUGGUCGACAUGAUGAUGCCGAGGACACGCUACAGCAAGACGUCGAGUCGAAUUCGGACUCGGAUUCAAACUCAGGGUCAGAGUCAGAGUCAGAGUCCUCGGAUUCGAUCAUCAGGCAAACAAUGACUGUGCCGCCGCACACAACAAGGCUGCGUGUUGCCAGUAUCCGUCGCCGGCGUGCAAGGCGCAGCAUGAGUCUAUAG